AUGGCUGCUCCCAAUCUCUUCGUCCCAUACAUUCUAGGCCUCUUCUUCUACUUCUCCACUCUCGUCGUCUACCCAUCUUCUGCUUGCGACCUUGUCGACUGCUCGGCCCUCCUAGCUGUCAAGUCCAGCAUCACUUCCGACUCGUCGGGUCUCCUCAGCACACGGAAUGCCUCUACCGACGACUGCUGCAAGUGGGACGGCGUCACCUGUGAUCCCUCCACCGGCCACGUUGUUAACCUCACUCGCCCUGGCCUUGGUGACCGCCCCGACGACUUCCCUCUCGACACUUCUAUGUCGGGCACGAUCUCUCCUUCUAUCGACGACCUUACCCACCUCCACGUUCUUGAUCUCAGCAACCUCAAGGAGUUCACCAGCCCAAUCCCUCCUUCCCUCUCCUGCCUCGCUAGCCUCGGAUUCUGGAAAUUCAACUCAAACUUCACGGGACUUCAUGUCCCGUGA